AGGUAAAAAAAAAUUAAUUAAAAAAAUAACCCCUUAAUUUUCGGUUGAUUUCUAUGGUUGUAGUUUAAUGGAAAUGUGUUGUUUAGUCUUUUAGCUAUGACCCCUUAUUGAGUGUUCAGGGUUUCAUUUUUUUUCCUUUUCUCUUUCUAUUCAGUUGAAUUUUUCUUUUUCAAGAUACUUUUUUUUUUUUGAGACCCUCUGGAUCUACCUCCCUGUCUAGAAUUUUUUUUUCAAGAUUUUGUUUUUAUUGUUUGGUUGGUUUGUUGUUUUGGGGUUUGUGAAUUGUAGCUGUAGUUUGAUUGGUUUUGAUUGCUAUGGAUGAUAUUUACCACAGGCAAGGGCUAGUGUCACAUGAUCCUCCUCCUGGUCACUUUUCACGCUUGGAGAACAGAAGGGCUGAAGACGAUCUUUAUUUGAGAAAGCGAGUAAGGAUGAGAAGGUGGCUGUGUUGCACCUGUCAAGUGGAGGAGUCCUAUCCCUCACAUGAAACCGAGCACCUUAAAAACCCUGCAAGUCAUGCUGAUGGAUAUCAGAAAGGGUCGAGAGUAUCAGAUCCUUUCAAGGCUGAAGCGGAAAAAGCAAUACCAACUAUAGAGGUCCCAGAAUUGUCUUUGGAUGAACUAAAAGAGGAAACUGACAAUUUUGGAUCGAAAGCAUUAAUUGGUGAAGGAUCUUAUGGGAGAGUAUACUAUGCUAAUCUAAGCAACGGCAAAGCAGUCGCUGUGAAAAAGCUUGAUGUUUCAUCCGAGCCUGAGACUAAUGUUGACUUCUUGACUCAGGUCGCUAGAGUUUCAAAAUUGAAGCAUGACAAUCUUGUUGAGUUGCUUGGUUACUGUGUUGAAGGAAACAUUCGUGUAUUAGCUUAUGAGUUUGCAACGAUGGGGUCCUUGCAUGAUAUUUUGCAUGGAAGGAAAGGUGUUCAAGGGGCACAGCCUGGCCCAACACUUGAGUGGGUGCAGCGGGUGAAGAUUGCUGUUGAUGCCGCAAGGGGCCUCGAGUAUUUGCAUGAGAAGCUCCAACCUUCUAUAAUACACAGGGAUAUCAGAUCAAGCAAUGUCCUUCUCUUCGAAGACUACAAAGCAAAGAUUGCAGAUUUUAACCUGUCAAACCAGGCUCCUGACAUGGCUGCUCGCCUUCAUUCUACUCGAGUUUUAGGAACAUUUGGCUAUCAUGCACCAGAAUACGCUAUGACUGGACAACUGACACAGAAGAGUGAUGUCUAUAGCUUUGGAGUUGUCUUGCUUGAACUUUUGACUGGAAGAAAACCUGUAGAUCAUACAAUGCCUCGAGGACAGCAGAGCCUGGUUACUUGGGCUACCCCGAGACUGAGUGAAGACAAAGUCCAGCAAUGUGUUGAUCCAAAGCUGAAAGGAUGUCCUCCAAAAGCAGUGGCUAAGAUGGCAGCGGUGGCAGCACUGUGCGUGCAAUACGAGGCUGAAUUCCGUCCAAAUAUGAGUAUUGUAGUCAAAGCUCUCCAACCACUACUGAGGGCACCUGCUGCACCUGCUCCAGAAGUAUAGGGAGCCGAUCAUCGCUCGCUUGUUCUGGAAUUUCUACAUGCUAAUUUGUAACUGUUUUGGUAUAUCAUCCCAGUAUUUCAUUUGUGACGUGAUUUCGAAAAAACAAAAAACAAACAGAGACUUCAAUUUUUUUUCCCCUUUAUUGAAACUGGUGUGUAGGAUUUGAUUGAUUGCUUAACUUACAUGGUGAGAUUGUUUGAGGAUUUCCCUGAGAACUGAGGGGUGUCUAUAUUUAUUUAUUUUUCCCUGAAAGAGAACACCUGGAGUCUGUUCAAUUUCUGUAAUAUAUUUGUACUUAUUGUUGUUGUAUUA